UAGACCAUCCUCAAAAGAAGCUUUCUCGAGUUUUCGGAUCGAAAAUGUCAACAGAUUCCCCACCGAAAACUGUUGCUUAUUUCCUUGAUCCAGAUGUUGGAAACUUUCAUUAUGGACCAGGUCAUCCCAUGAAGCCACAUCGCAUUGCUUUAACACAUUGCCUAGUCUUGCAUUAUAACCUCCAUGAGAAAAUGGAAAUAUACAGGCCCUACAGAGCCUCAGCACAUGAUAUGUGUAGAUUUCAUUCGGAGGAAUACAUUGAUUUCUUGCAAAGAGUGGCACCAAACAAUGUGAGCAAUUUCCAAAAACAACUCAGCAUGUUCAAUGUUGGUGAUGACUGUCCUGUGUUUGAAGGUCUGUAUGAUUUUUGCUCCAUGUACACUGGUGCGUCGUUAGAGGGUGCUGUCAAACUGAACAACAAACAUUGUGACAUUGCUGUUAAUUGGUCUGGAGGGCUUCAUCAUGCCAAGAAGUUCGAGGCCUCUGGUUUCUGUUAUGUGAAUGACAUUGUCAUUGCAAUAUUAGAGCUUCUAAAGUACCAUCCUCGGGUUUUGUAUAUUGAUAUUGAUAUUCACCAUGGAGACGGGGUACAGGAAGCCUUCUAUCUGACGGACCGAGUCAUGACGGUAUCAUUUCAUAAAUAUGGAAAUUACUUCUUCCCUGGGACAGGUGAUAUGUAUGAGAUUGGAGCAGAGAGUGGCAGACAUUACUCUGUUAAUGUGCCUUUGAAGGAGGGAAUAGAUGAUCAAACAUAUAUUCAGUUGUUCCAACAAGUAAUUAAAUCUGUAAUGGACUAUUAUCAACCUACCUGUGUUGUCUUGCAAUGUGGAGCAGACUCCCUGGGAAGUGAUCGUUUAGGGUGUUUCAACUUGAGCAUAAAAGGCCAUGGUGAAUGUGUUAGAAUCGUUAAAGAAUUCAACAUCCCCAUGCUGGUUCUAGGAGGAGGGGGUUAUACCAAGAGAAAUGUUGCUCGGUGCUGGACCCACGAGACUGCAGUCCUCCUAAAUGAGGAACUCAAUAAUGAGAUUCCAUACAAUGAUUAUAUUCAGUAUUUUGCCCCUGAUUUCACCCUACACCCUGAUGUGUCAAUAAAACAGGAGAAUCUCAACACAAAACAGUAUCUAGACAAUGUGAAGAUGACAGUAAAUGAACACUUAAGGAAUUUGAUCAACUCCCCAAGUGUCCAGAUGCAGGAUAUUCCUCCAGAUCUUCUUAGUCUGGAGAAUACUGAGGAACAUGAUCCAGAUAUUCGGAAUCACCAGGAUCAGACAGACAAAAGAAUUGAAGCCAAUAAUGAAUUUUUUGAUGGGGACCAGGAUAAUGACAAAGAUGGCUUCCUGGAUGUCUGACAAACCAUAAAUAUCUGAGAAACAUCAGAUAUCCAAAGACUCUAAGGCAGCAGGCUUAAUCUAAAUUUGUUGUAGACCAACUAUCAUCUGCCAACUAAGACUGACAGGCAAUUGAAUGUAACAGAUGGCAGUGACAUGCUGAUUUUAUUGUUGUGAGUGGUUGGACAUUGUAGAUGAACUUCAGUUUUGACCAAGAAUUCUCCAAGGAACAGAAAGACCCUUGAUCUGAGAUCAGACUUUUUUUCACACAGAAUACUAGUAAAUUAUUGUACUAUUAGAAAUAAUCAUGUCAUCUUGUUCAUCAUAUUUUCACACACCACACACUGUAUACAGGGAAAUUUUCACCCUAGUUUUAUUUUUGCCCCUUUCACCCCACUCUUAGGUGGGUGAAUUUAAAAUGGGACGAUUCAAAGAACACAGUAGAGUUUCUUAAACAGAACUGUGAAUUUAAAAUGGGGCAAAAUUGUUUGCAAGUGUAAAAGGGCAAAAAUAACAUGGGGCAAAAAUAACCCUGUAUACAGUAUAUCAUUUUUAAUGUGUUGAAUGUAAUGUUAAAUUUUUGUUUUGUUGUGCUUGUAUUAUUGAAGUAAUUUUUAUGUUGCAAAAGAGAAGAUUUGUUAUGAAUCAGGUCAUAAAUCAGGUAAUAAAUGUCUGAAAUCUCA